GUUUAACAGAAAAGAUGUCUGAAGGCAUUGAGAAUUAUUUCAGUAUUGACGACAUUCUCUCUAGCCAGGAGCGUUUGCCAUGCACCGUGGAAAUGACCAUCUAUCGACUGGGGUACAUGGAUUCAAGUUCUGAAAGUGAAGAUCUACUACCAGGUACAAAGAUUGAGAUGCCAUUUUGGAUGGCACGAGCAUUGUGUAGUCGCAAACGCCACAUUGUAAGUGUCGAGAUCCCCAAACAGUACAAGGAAAGUUAUCGUGAGAUCUUGACAGCAGAUGCUACUGUUGUGGACCUUCACAAACUAGGCCCAUUUUACUAUAACUAUGGAUGUCAGCUUCUUCGGUUUGAACUACCCGACAGUGGAGACAUUUCAAAGUGUCUGCUCAAGACUUUUCAGACCCGUUUACGAAAAAUAAUGGAUUCUUCACAGAAUGCUUUGAAUGAAGACACCACAAGACUUACAGAGAAGUUAGACGAGUCUGAGAGACUGCUGUUUAAGGCAGGACAGCAAGGCCUUAAUGACUUUUUUAAGUGGGAAACAAGACAGAUAGAGAAACUGACCACAUCAGAAAUGGUCAGACAUCACCGCAAACGGAAACGUGCUGCAUUAGACGAUGCCUGAUUAAUGUUAUAGAUGUCUGUUAAAUCUCUCCAUUCUAUCAGAAAGGAAGUCUCAGCUCUUUUAAAAUUAAUAUUAAAGAAAGUCAUUGUAACUGUAAAUACUGUUAUUCUGCAGAUUGUGAUUACUUAAGUGCGAAAGUUACAGUAGCUGUAAAUUCUGACUUUCUUUCUCAGGAAAAUUGACAAUUUUCAUCCUCUUUAUCACAAGAAUUAAUGGUAAUUGUGAAUGUUGUUGACAUCAUUUUCAAGGAGUGUGACAAAUACUGUAAAUCAUCUGUAUUUCUACUGUAUUUUAAAACCUGUGGGUAUUGCCUUUAUUUAUUUGUAUGAGUACUGUUUAACAAUGAAUAUACGUCUGUGUAGGACUUAGUUUCCUUUUUGCUUUGUUACACUAGUAGCUAUGAAAUAUACAACUUAUUUUGUUUUUGCCACAAAGGUUACAACUUAAAACAAACAGACAUGUUUUAUUUGCUGUCUUCAUUGUGUAUUUCAAAUGAUAAAUGAACUGAGUUGCUCUUGUGACAAACUUAACGAAAUUCAAAUAUUUGUA